AUGUCCGGCCGUGGCAACGGCAAGGCGCGGGCCAAGGCCAAGUCCCGCUCUCCCAGGGCCGGGCUGCAGUUCCCGGUGGGCCGCGUGCACCGCCUGCUGCGCAAGGGCAACUACGCCGAGCGGGUCGGGGCCGGCGCGCCGGUCUACCUGGCGGCCGUGCUGGAGUACCUGACGGCCGAGAUCCUGGAGCUGGCGGGCAACGCGGCGCGCGACAACAAGAAGACGCGCAUCAUCCCGCGCCACCUGCAGCUGGCCAUCCGCAACGACGAGGAGCUCAACAAGCUGCUGGGCAAGGUGACGAUCGCGCAGGGCGGCGUCCUGCCCAACAUCCAGGCCGUGCUGCUGCCCAAGAAGACCGAGAGCCACCACAAGGCCAAGUAGAAAUGGAUGUUUGGAGGCUCAAAAACAAAGGCUCUUUUCAGAGCCACUUAAACAGUCAAAAAAGGCGGCACGUUUUUUAAGCAUUUACUUCCGGGACGUUGUUCUUGAAGUGAUCAGGGCCAAUGAUGUAGAAGCUUAGGACCUUACUUAACCUGUCUCCUAUUCGAUCUAAGCUCCCUCAGGUCUUUGUACAACGCUUGCACCUUACACCAAAUUACAAGAAAUUCAAACCCUUGUUUAAAUUUAAAUCAGUUUGGGGGGGGUUACCUAGAUCUUAUUUUGCUGCAGAGGAACCAACAGAUGCAUAAUGGUUGUGUCGCUUGACUCCCAGAGUCUAACACAACUGGAGUCCUAGACCCAGUUGCUUCAAGCAUGCCUUGUGUGUGUGCCUAAAAUCCCGAGUGAAGAAAA